AUGUCGUCGUCCUAUGCCUUAGAAAACCACCACAGUCCCUCGUCAUCCUCCUACGACCCCGCAGCUCAAGACAUCGAUCCUACAUCACGCCCUCCAUCCAUACCCCCUUUACCUGCCUAUGCCUAUACUCCCUCGGGGAAACGGCCCAGAGUGUCGACUUCCUUCGAACAGAGCACCUCUAGCGCUAGGGUCAACGGUACUGGGAGGGACUCUCCCGAUCCUCACGACUUCUACAGGCACCAUCAGCAUCAAUUCGGGAAAGCUUUGAAUGAUGGACUGGGCCAGGGAGAUAUAAGAGUGGAACGCCGUGACGGUAGCAUGGGCCACCAGCAGAGGUCUGGCCCUGUCUCGAGAGCCAAAGGGCAAAGCCUGCAUGCUGUACCGUCUCGCAUCAAUACCCACGACUAUCAUUCUUCUCCCACCUCCGACAGAUCUCCCUUGAGCGCCGCCAAGUCCAGCCCUACCCUAAACACUGCCCGAAAUCGGCAGACAUCGUUGAAGGACCUGGUGGACAAGUUCAACCAAACUCCUGACGAGACUUUGCCAUUACCAAGGAAGUCUAGCUCAAGAUCUCCGUCUGCAGGCUCCAACCCAUCAACCAGUGCUCAAAGCUUAAGACCUCGGAAUUCGUCCUUGUCAUUCCGCAAUGGAAAUGCCUCUUCGAGAAUGGGUUUGGUUUCGGAAUCAUCACGGUCCACUACCAAUGCAAGACCUCACCCUCGAAGAGGGCGGACGAAUGAGGAUGCGAAUACAAGUCCCAGAUCAAAGAGGGCUCCGAGGCCUCAACGGACUGAGCCCUCUGACCCCAAGAUGUCUGCUUCUCAAUCCAUGAUUGAUCUGGCUCCAUAUGUUGACAACGGUUCGCGAAGGCCUCUGUUUGGGGAAAUUUUGGCAAUGAGCUCUACCCUACCUGAUCCCGGCUAUGGCAUUGUUGCGACGCGUCGAAGGAGAGGAUCUGAGGGAAGUAUGCAUAGCCCUAAUCCAAUGUUUCCCGAGGAACGAAAUCGUCAUGUUUCCGAAGGCUCGCCGUCGUCGCCUUCUGCUUGGUACUCAGGGGUCAUACCGACAUUGGAAGAGAUCAAAACGGAGAAGCAGAUACCCAUUCUUCUCACAAACGUGCAUCGACGGACAAGGAGUGACUUCACUGGUGUGCCAUCCGGACCACCAGCGUCUACAAUGUAUGGACUUGAUCUUUCGCCAACACAAGAUCGACCGUCCUCUCCUAGCUCAAUUGGCACAUCGAAACGCAAUUCUCAAUCUCGAAUACCUAUCAGUACGCGACGUUUAAGUCCUACGUCCGAUUCUGGCAACUCUACCCCUUCUACGAGAAACAAUUCUGCAUUAGGUAGGACACAUAUGAAAUCUCCGACGAGGGUACUGGUCCCAGCCAAGAAGAACAAUCAGCGUCCGCGCAGUCCACAACGGCAACCAAGAUCAAACACUCCACAAAGAUCCCCACUGCGCGGUGAUGUUGGUGCUCAACAUACCGCGACUAGCCCUCGGCUUACAGCCUACAUCUCAGCUCCGAUGCCGAAGAAGUCUCCUCCGCUGCGCAGCUCGAGACCCCGCCAACCAGUCUCAAGUGCGUCAACCACAGCUUCUCGUGCCCGCGCUGCUGAUCGAUAUUCGAGCACCGAAAAUGGUAGCCUAAGGAACACACGAGAGAGCCGGCCUCGCAAGCCGCCAGAACUUGGUGCUGUGGAUUUUGCGGCAAGGAGGAAGAAAAUCCAGCAGGCUUUCACUCAGACUGUCAAGGAGAAUGAGAGACAAGAGGUCGAGGCUGAGCAGCGGAGAAUGUCGAUGGCUCAGGAAGAUCAGCAGCUGGAAGCGUCACACACCAGCGAAGAAAUUGAGGGACUUGGACAUCAGCAUGAUCAUCCCGGGCCAGCUGUCGAUCCCGGCCAAGAAGGCCAGCAAGAGGUGGAGGAGGAAAAAUUUCAAACUCCAGCGGAGGAAUUGCCCAAGUCGGAGCGCGAAUUAACAAUAAAUACUGGCCCUCUGUCAGAACGGUCUGUCCUGGAUCUGAGCAUGGAGGAUUCGCCCACUCUAGGCACGUACGAUCGAUUCUCGUCAAAUCUCUGUCGGGUGCAAGAAGGAAACGGAACGCCUCCUUCCGAUGUCGAACCCUCUUCUGCUAUCACAGCAGGUACAUCCGAUUCAGUGGACACGUUCUUUGACGAUGAGCCUCAGGAGGAUUCGCAGAAUAGCUCCAGAAAUCCAUCGCAAGACCAUCAGACUUUGCUCGACCAGAUUAUGCACAUGCGAGACUCGAGUCCUAGUCCCGAAUCUCCUCGACGUCCUAGUGCGACAGAAGAAUCGAGUUCCGACAAAGAUGAUCGAGAAUCAAUACAGAUCAUGCUUGGUGACACUCCUGUCCUUGAUAAAGCGCCGUUCAAGAGGCAUCGCGACGAAAAGCUGAAGGAUGCACCUCAAGGUGAAGAGCCUGAAAGUCGGUGGAGCAUGAGUUCGUGGACUUCUUCUACAAGGUCAAGGGAUGACCGAGACACACCGAUGGAGCGAAUCGACGAACACAGUCCCUCGAAUCCUACACAACCCAACGACCUAUCCACGUCCACUUCAACAAGCGAGCAGAUUCCGCAACAGGCAUGGUCUCCUGCAUCCUUCUCCUCACCUCGCACCGCUCGAACCACUUUGGAUAGUGAUGCUUAUAGCACAAUCAAUCGUGUCCUAGAUCAUUACCAUGACACUAAUGUUGUCAGUCCGGAGCUGAUGAAUGAUGUCCAACAACACAUCUUGACACAGUCUCCAGACCUUGCUCGUCAGGGGGGUUGGGACCCGAAGAAGGUGACGCAGCUGUAUCUGCAAGAGCUGGCGAAAAGAAGGUAUGAACAGUCUACUUCGAUGCCUGAUCCGCUCAAAUUUCAGAUCAGAAAACGGACAACAUCUUUAAGGGUACCACCGGUUCCUGAAAAAGAGGUGAGAGAAGAUCACGAUGAGAAAAUGGUAGAAAGCAUGGAACGCGGGCAUGAUGAUUCAACGCCAUCCGGUAAUAGACUUGCGAUCGACGAAGGGGAUCUGAAGCCAGCCAGGGCUAGUCUAACUGGACCAGACGAUUGGAACAUGUCGCCGUCACUCGGUGGUAUUUAUCUACAAGCGGAAGCCGUGGAUAGUCCUAUAGAGGAGAAACCUUCAUUACCACCAAAAGACUGGAAGACUUUGAAGAGAGAACUGGCAGAGAUGCCUAACCAGGCAGGCCAGCCAGCUGCGGACUCUCAUCCACAAUUACCUCCGAUUCAAGGACUUGGACUAGCAAUUAACAUCAUGCCGCCUCAAAAGGAUGACUCUCCAGUGAUACCUCCACCCCCAAUCCCCAUUCAUUCACCCCCGCCACCCCCAGCUGAUUCCGUCACUUCGAACGCCUACCCUGAUAAACCUCCCACCAAUGACCCUAUGGUGCCUUCCCUUCCCAGUCACGACUCAUCACGCCCCUCGAGAUCAAUGGAUUCAUCUGCGCAGCCAUCGGGCUCCUCUUCUAUGUUCGAAGACCGACCGAGUGUGGAGGGACCGUCAGUAUUAACGGAAUAUACCUCGAAAACCUCGUCGCCAUCUCCAGACCAGAAGCGCUUGACGAGACGGAGGCAUAUUAUCAAGGAGCUGGUUGACACGGAGCACUCCUUCGGCCAGGAUAUGAAGGUAGUCGACGACAUUUACAAAGGCACCUCAAACGUCAUAAUCAUUUCAGCAGAAGAUGUAAAGACCUUGUUCGGCAAUUCUGACCAGAUCGUCGCCUUUUCGACCAAUUUCCUUGACGCUUUGAAGGGAGCUUCCAAAUCAGUCUAUGUAUUGCCAAAGUCGAAACGGUGGCGAAGCAACCGUGUUAGCAAUGCAACGUCAUAUAGCGGGAAUACUGAUGAUCAGUCCUCAAUAAACGGACUUGAGCUCAGUGAUGAUGACAAGGACCGCAAGACCUUCAUUGGAGAGGCAUUUGGCCAUCACAUGGCGCACAUGGAAAAGGUGUAUGCUGAGUACUUGAAAAACCAUGAUGCUGCCAACCAAAAGCUUCAAGUACUGCAGAAGAAUCCCAAGGUGCAAAUCUGGCUCAAGGAAUGCCGAGCUUAUGCUCACGAUCUAACUUCAGCUUGGGACCUCGAUUCUUUAUUGGUAAAGCCGGUUCAGCGGAUUCUCAAAUACCCAUUGUUACUGGAACAACUCUUGGAAGCAACGCCAGAGAACCAUCCUGAUUAUACGGCUUUGGACAUUGCUGUUCGAGAAAUCAAAGGCAUCUCCAUGAGGAUCAACGAGAGCAAGAGGCGUGCCGAUAUCAUGGAGCAGGUGACAAAUAACAGAAAGCGCAAGGAAUCAGAUGUUCGCAUUGGCCUCUCCAAAGCCUUUGGUCGUCGAACAGAGAAGCUCAGACAACAGGUUGGCUUGUCGGAUAUGGUGGAAGACAAAGCCUAUUCAGCGGUUUACGACAAGUUCGGCUCAUGUUUCUUCCAGCUUCAGGUCGUGAUGAGGGACGUGGAAAUGUACACCAACGACGUUCAAAUUUUCAUGAGCCGCUUUUGCGAAUUCGUUCUGGCAAUGGAGGCGCAUAUCGAUGUCGGUCAGACAAGCUACCCGGAGGUCGAGAGCAAGUGGCGAAAAUUCAGGAUGUCCACGAGGGAAAUGUCGAUGACGGCCCUAACGGAUCAUAUCGCCGCUGUUCGCAAGAAUGUGAUUGAACCCAUGAUGACACUAUUGAGACUUUACGAAGGCCCUCAAAAGUUGACGCAGAAACGCAACAAGCGAAUCAUGGACUACGCGCGUUUCAAAGCUAUCAAAGACCGAGGAGACAAACCAGAUAAGAAAACCAUCGAGCAAGGCGAGCAAUUCAUAGCCGUCAACGAUACCCUCAAAGACGAGCUGCCGAAGCUGUUCUCUUUGACAAGCAAACUGGUGGAAGCAUGUCUUAACAAUUUCGUUCAGCUCCAAUUGCAAUGGCACAUUGUCUGGCGGAGGAAGCUGAGCCAGGCCAUUGAUGAUAAUAAAGUACCGAGCAAGGCGCAAGACAUUGUCGAUGCAUUUACCGGUGACUUUGCUUUCUACGAAGCUCAAGUCCUUUCACUUGGCGUUUGCAACGGUUCCAUGCUCAACGACGCCGCCAACUUUCUUUCGCCCUCGACCACGUUCAAUGGUGACGAUAGCACUUCGCAGAGGCAGCCUUCCUCGGUGGAACUCUCAAAACGGCGUACGCUUUCCGUCAGCAGUGACAAAUCACCCAUACUGCCCAAGCCGGACUUCGGAGGCCGGAGCAGUGGAAGUUUCUUUACCAUUGGCGAUGGGAUUCAACUUGCACCCGCAGGGCAGCCCACGGGGAAUUAUGUGGAACCCAGUCGCCGCAUGCGGGCCAGUUCCACCCUCUCUGGCCAUAGUCCGCGAACACCAGAGGUGCCCGGCAGCUACCAUUCUUACUCAAACAACACAACACCGGUGAGCUCGACUCCUGGACGCAUGAUCACUGCCGGCCCCCGGACUUUCACGGAGCCUUCGCCAGCUCAUUCUCGUCCAAGCGUUGACCAUUCGAGCAUUAGCCACGUCAGCGAAGACUCAACGCGUGUCGGUAGGGAUUCGUCGGGAAGUACAUAUCCUCCGGGCGGUCCCACAUCUCAGCAUCGCGCGGCUUCCCCUUCGGCCCGAUAUUCUGGCUUCUUCUCCUCGGCCAUGCCAAUGUCAGACUCUCCACGCAAUCAAUCUCCAGCACCCGGGCAAGCGCAGAAGGACUUCAAUGUCAUCUUCCUGGCAGCCAGCGUCUACGAGUUCAACAUUGAUCGUGCACGGAAAGAGGCAGGCUAUCCCUAUCUGACCUACGUUGCCGGAGAAAUCUUCGAUGUCAUCGGCGAAAAGGGCGAGCUCUGGCUCGCGAAGAAUCAAGAUGACUCGGACAACUUGGUCGGCUGGAUAUGGAACAAGCACUUCGUCAAGCUGGCCUCCUGA